AGUAUCUGACACCGGAAGUAAGAAAAGCUUCACUUCGUUGAGUUGGGCUCAUAUAGAUUUGUCCUCCCGAGAAGUUCAGGACGACAACCAACAAAGUAAACUACCUUUAAAAGUCAUUAUUUCACAAUGGGCACAACGGCAAGUCAGCUCGGGAAGGAUCUUUUGUCAGAAUACCAGGAGCUGACGUUUCUCACAAAGCAAGAAAUCCUACUUGCUCACAAACGAUUCACAGAGCUGCUAAACAGAGAUGAGAAAGACGUUCCCAACAUCAGAAUACCCAUGGACAGGAUUCUGACUCUCCCAGAACUCAAGUCCAACCCUUUCAGGAAACGAAUUUGUCAUGUCUUUUCCACCUCUGAACACAAAGAUGGAAGCCUUACAUUUGAAGACUUUUUGGAUCUUCUGAGUGCCUUCAGUGAUUCAGCCACAAUGGAAAUCAAAUCCCACUAUGCAUUCCGUAUUUUUGACUUUGACGAUGAUGGGACCCUAGACUCUGAUGACCUACAGAAGCUGGUAAACUGCCUGACCGGAGAAACCGAUGAUACGAGACUAACACCAGAAGAAAUGAAACAGCUAAUCACCAAUAUUCUUGAAGAGUCUGACAUCGACAAAGAUGGAACAGUGAACCUCUCAGAAUUUCAGCAUGUCAUUUCAAGAUCGCCAGAUUUUGUCAGUUCUUUCAAGAUUGUCCUGUGAAAGCAUCUCCUGAACUUCAACAAAAAUGUUAGAAAAAUUAUAUAUUAGUGAUUUCAUAUAAUGUGUCUUAAAUUAUAUACUAAAUACUGUGGAUCUUUUACCCUUAAUGCUGCAAUACACAUUUUAAAACUUUUGUAUUUUAUGAUAUUUCUAUUAAAAAAAUAAACAUGUCUUUUAAAUCUA